AUGUUCAAGCGAACGCGAACUGGAACAUGGCUAGGAGCUUUCGUGCCAGAGUCAUCAGCAUGCCUCUCCUCCUUGUUAAUAUUUUGUUCAAUAACACAGUCAACCACCAAUGGAUAUGACGGCUCCAUGCUUAACGGAUUGAAUAUUUUGCCCUCGUAUACGGAUUACUUCCAACUAACACCUGCUACAACGGGUCUGAAUACGGCUUCUGUAUUCAUCGGCGGCAUUCUCGGCACGCUCAUCUCCGGUAUCAUGACCGAUAGACUCGGCCGGCGUCCAGCCAUGUUUUGGGCGUCCGUCAUUACUCUGAUCGGUACGGUUAUUCAGGCGGCAGCCCAGAAUAUCGCCAUGUUCGUCAUCGCUCGGAUUAUUCUGGGUUUUGGAGGUUCUCUUUCGGGCGUGUCUUCCGGCGUAUUCCUAUCCGAGACCUUUCCUAGCCGCUUACGUGCCUGGGGGCUCGGAAUGAUGAACAAUUUCUUUUACGUAGGAGCACUAAUAGCAUCCGGAGUUACUCUAGGGACUGGGCAAUGGCAAUCAACAUGGGCAUGGCGGCUACCAUCCUUAAUACAGGGUGUUUUUUCGCUUUUUUGCAUCAUCAUAUUACCUUUCGUCCCCGAAUCGCCUAGAUGGCUUUGCCACCAAGGCUAUUUUGAGGACGCGCGGAUUUCUGUAGCGCAAACAAAUACCAAUGGUGAUAUGCUAGAUCCCGUCGCUAUCGCAGUGUAUAAGGAGAUUCUCGACACCCUCGAGUGGGAGAAGAAAGAAGGCCGAUCAAUGAGUCCAAAGGAGAUUAUCAAAACCCCUGUCACGAGAAAACGAUUACUCAUCGGAAUGUCUGCUGCCCCCUUCUCAUGUGUCGCUGGCAACAUUAUCGCCUCGUACUAUUUAGGUGCCGAGCUUCAGACCGCCGGAAUUACCGACUCAACGGACCAGUUGAAGGCUAAUGUCGUAUUAAAUGUCUGGUGCCUUCUGUGUGCCUUGGUCGGUACGCACAUGGUGUCUCAAUGGGGCCGAAAGCCCACGGCCCUCGUUUCGGAAACACUCCUCGUUAUAUGCCUCUUCGUAAUCGGAGGGCUUUCUAAGAUGUAUGCCCACAACCCCGCAGACGCUUCUCAAAGUCUCGUAUAUGGAAAUGUUGCGGUGAUGUUCCUAUUCCAGGGAUUUUACUCCGUGGCUUGGACACCAUUGCUUUACCUUUAUCCUCCAGAGUACUCCAUUAGGUCCAAUGGUCUGGCUGCCUCGACGCUCUCUUUGAACGCACUUGCAUGUGUGUUCGUAUUCAUCAUGCCCAUCGGCCUAGAUAAUAUCGGAUGGAAGAUGUACAUGAUUAACGGUUCUUGGGAUAUUGUUAUCGCUAUACUUAUCGCGGUAUUCUGGGUCGAAACGAAGGGCAAGACACUAGAAGAAAUAGACACCUUGUUUGAGGGCGAAAAGCAUUCUUCCGUCCCUGGCGUGGAGAUGAUUCGGACUGGAAAAGCUAGGCUCGACGCUGACACGAUGGAGCUGUCGAAUCCGAAUUAG